UGUUUAGGUUUUUUAAACCUAAAUUCAGUAUUGGACCCAGAGGGUUUCUCUAUUAUUCGUUUAUUAAAAAAUAACCGGUAAUAGUCAUGAAUGCUGUGAAAUCACAUAUACAAGCAAUAGAUUUGCAUUUGUUAAGGUUUUGAGAGGUUUUAUCCGUGAAUGUUUAAGUAUUGCAGUGUAGGAAAAGAAAGAAAUCAGUGGGAUAAUUUUCCUUUUGUAUUAUUGUUCAGAUUUAAAUGUAUUCUAGCAUGUUUUUGUCAAAGGCAAUGACAUUUAGCUAACUUUAAUUUAAUUCUGUCAACAUGAUAGCACUGACCUAAGUGAGAUUCCCAUUCUGUUUCUCAGCAAGUAUUUAUCAAGCUACGUACAGCCUUCCUAAAUUUUGUUAAAUAUAGUAUGUAUUAGUGUUUUGAAACAUUAAAGUAGCUAUAACCACUUCUAAAAUAAGGAAGGCCCAUUGUGUGUCUAAGGGGGGUGUGAAAAUUAAAGAAACAAAACCUGAGUUUGCUUUUAACACUUCUCUUGUGGAUUGUUGAUAAUCUUGUUUGCAGGUGCAAUGGAACAAAGAUCAAAAAAUAGUUUUCUUAAGAAGUUCAACCAAAAGCAUGUAGUUUGUUCAGCCAGUUCAGCAAUUAUUUACACAUUCUGCUGCAGAACAAUUUUGUGUCAAUAUAUUAAUUGAUGUCUAUAGUAAUAUGUGUAUUUAUAUAUACACAUAUAAAAAUACUGACUUGUAUAUUUAUUUCAUUAGAAAUUUAAACCCCACACAAAACCAAAGAAAAACCGACACCAAAACCCCCCAAAACCUCUCCAGAUCUUGUAGCAUCUAAAGUAAAAGUACUGUUCUUCCUAGUUUAUGCUGCCCGAAUAGCUGUUCUAUUCAGGUCUUGCAAACCGGGGCUCACAGAAGAGAGUUCUGGAAGAGAUCUAACCCAAAAAGACAGCUUUGCUGGGUUUUGCCCCGCUUGCUCCUAUGGAAGUUUUGCUCUGAAUGUGCUUUUCUUUAUUCCUAGAGCCUCGCUGCUGCGCCAAGCAAACCGUUGCUCUCGUACCCGUGGGGCCCGCUGGCUGUGAGUGAAGCGGCUGCGUCUCCUGCAGAGGGGCAGGCGGUGGGGCCCCUGGCGUGGGCCCUGAGCAAGGGAGCUUCGAGGGGUUUCUGCAAACAGCCUCUUCCGCUGUGGUUAAAGAAAUAGCUGCUUCGUAGCUCUUCGUUUUUAUUUGAGACUUUAAAAGUUAAAAUGCCUGAUUGUGCAAAUACCUAUUUGAAAAAAUAAAUGCUAAUGGUGACUUGAUUUAUGUACGGAGUCCAUUGCAUGUGUAGAUACUUUGGGGGUUACAGUGUUUUAAUUUUCCUUUCAAAGUUAGCAGUAAUUAAAAUCAUCAUUUUCAGAGGAAAUAGCUCAUCUUUCAUCUUCAACAGCAUAAAGAGCCAGACUGAACUGGAAAAUAAAAUCUCAACUGCUAUAAAGCCAUCAAAAUAUGUACAUUUUACAGUGAUAGAUGUGUCUGAAACGUGGCACAGGCAGUUUCCAGUUGAAAAAGAUGCCAUGUGAAGGAACAGAAAAUCUGGAAAGCCUGAUGAAAAGGGACAGCCUGUUUUUACACAGGCUGGCAGGAGGAUGGCACGGUCCUGAGAUUAGAGGAUUGAGCAAAAAGCUAGCGUGCAGAAUUGCGAGUUUUUAUAUAAUGGCUUUAGCAAACAUCCUUUAGGACCCAGUGGAAAUGUUUGGUGAGGCAAACUUUGCGAGUAAUGUCCAAUCAUUAAGCAGUGAUGAGGGAAAAGCUUGGAGUGAGAAGCCCCUGAAAACCUGUCGAACACGUCACGUCACGUCGGGGAAGCAGCGUCUCUACCACCGACCGCUGACGCUGAACACGCGACACCGGAAUCGGAGUUGAUUCAAUGUGUAAACCCGGGGGGACUUGUGCUGCAGGAGGUUACUGGAGUGCAGAGUGCCCGACUCCUGCUUCCAGCAAGAUGCCUUGUUUUGCAAAGCUCCUUUUAUUAAUCUUUUGCUUAGCUCUUCUUGUGGAAAGCAGAAAGCACAGGAGGAGGAGGUGGACAGGCCAGCUGGAGGUGCAGAGGGCAAGUCGCAUCUAUGAGAAGAAUCGUGACGUGACCAAAACUUGGAAAGGAAAGACGGAGCGGCUUCUCAGAGUCAACAGCCAUGACUUCACCAUGCGGCCGGCUUUUGGAGGCCCUGCAAUUCCCGUUGGGGUGGAUGUGCAAGUUGAAAGCUUGGACAGUAUUUCUGAGGUUGACAUGGAUUUCACUGUGACUCUGUACUUAAGGCACUACUGGAAGGAUGAGCGUCUCUCGUUUCCCAGCACCACAAACAAGAGCAUGACCUUUGACGGCCGGCUGGUGAAGAAGAUCUGGGUUCCUGAUGUCUUCUUCGUGCAUUCCAAAAGGUCCUUCAUUCACGAUACCACCAAGGACAACAUCAUGCUGCGAGUGUUCCCUGACGGUCAUGUUCUCUACAGCAUGAGGAUCACAGUGACAGCAAUGUGCAACAUGGACUUCAGCCGCUUCCCCCUGGACUCUCAGUUGUGUUCUCUGGAGCUGGAAAGCUAUGCUUACACCGAUGAAGAGCUUAUGCUGUAUUGGAAAAAUGGGAAUGAAUCUCUGAAAACUGAUGAAAAGAUUUCUUUGUCUCAGUUUUUGAUACAAAAAUUCCACACUACAUCAAGACUGGCUUUCUACAGUAGCACAGGUUGGUACAAUCGCCUCUAUAUAAACUUCACUUUACGCAGACACAUUUUCUUCUUCUUGCUCCAAACUUACUUCCCUGCCACCCUCAUGGUCAUGUUGUCCUGGGUGUCCUUCUGGAUCGAUCGCCGAGCAGUUCCUGCCAGAGUUUCUUUGGGGAUAACCACCGUGCUGACCAUGUCCACGAUCAUCACCGGGGUCAAUGCCUCCAUGCCUCAUGUUUCCUACAUUAAAGCAGUGGACAUUUACCUGUGGGCCAGUUUUGUGUUUGUCUUCCUCUCAGUGCUGGAAUAUGCAGCAGUGAAUUAUCUGACUACAGUGCAAGAGUGGAGGAAGAGGAAGCUCAGGGAGAAGUUUCCAUGUACGUGUGGAAUAUCUCAUUCGGAAACUAUGAUGCUGGAUGGAAACUACAGUGAAUCUGAUGCCAGCAGCCUGGCAGGAUAUACAAGAAACCAGAUGGUCCUAGAGGAAGAAAAACAGCAAAAUAUGGUUGUGCACUUAGCUAUGAGCAAUGAAUGUCAUUCAUCAAGGAAGAGGGGCCUGAAGGGCCAUGUGGGCUUGCGCAUCAUCCAGAACACUCAUGCAAUUGAUAAAUACUCAAGAUUAAUAUUUCCAGGCACCUUUAUAUGUUUUAAUUUGAUAUAUUGGUCUGUCUUUAGCUAAGCAUGCUGGCACAGCAGUGACUGAAGCAGAAGACAUUUAUGAAACUCUUUUGUUGGUUCUUUUUCAGUCUAAUCUGAAUGCAAAGCCAGAAAACUGAUCAUUUUAUUGCCUCUGUGGAGGGUAAAGGGGAGGACACAUCCUCCAGCAGGCAACUCCGUGCACAGGCGUCAUAGAGGAACCUGCUGUGCUGGUUGCUUUCCAACCCACACCCAGCUCCCGUUUGUUUUAUGACACAUGUUGUUUCUCAUACUUGCAAAUAUGUGCUCACCAUUCACCCGAAAGGUCCUCUGUGUUCACCACGCCAGCCACACUGGUGGUGCCCACUGUGGAAUGGGCAACCAGAGGCAGUGCUCACAUGGGCUGUCAGGGAUUAGACAAAUGCAGCUCGCAAGGGGAGGUCUGGACAGUGCAUCUCCUGUAAGGGAACUGAAUGAGGCCUUUUCAAAAUCUCUGAUUUUGAGCAAAUCCCUUUAUUUUUUUUUUUUGGCAUAUGAACAUCAUAUUUCUUUCCAUUGGUUUAGGAAGAAGAUCUCAUUUUAGGGUCUAAAUUCUGCUUUCUCUGGAUAGGACCUUCAUCGAUACCAUUAGGACAGUUAACUGGCCAGCAUCAACAGGGUUGGUUGCAGAGUGCAGGUGGUAUGUUUGUGUCAGUGGUCAUUUUUUUUCCGGUUUAGACGUAAGGAGUGAUGAUGAAGCAGAGCAAAGAAGCCCACAGACUCACAGAAGAUGGAUCCCAGGGUACAAGGUUAACAAAUCCAGGGAUGUUUAGGCAUGUGUUCUCCAUACAACUUGAGCACAGCACAUGAUAUGUAGCACUUGCCACCUGCGCUCUAAAAUGAGGGGGGAAGAUGACGUGUGGCAGGUACAGUCAGCACAUGGUGAAUGGGCAGUGUCUCUGGGACCAUCGCUUUCUCUCUCCAGAAGCAGACAACAGUGCUGAGGGCAGCACUGGUGGCUUUCAAGGAUUUUCCUCACCCCAGUGAGGAAAGUGCGGCCCACAGAGAAGCUGUAUAUCCCAAUGUGCCUCUCCCAACCAACACAUUGUCCUUCUGUUCAGGCAUUUUGGAUCAGGAGGGAGCGAUGUUUGUCAGAACCUCUCUCUGCAGAAGUAUAGGCAUGUCAGAGGUUGAAUGGUCAAGAAUAACAGUGUGAGAUUCAAUGAGACCCUGUCUGAUCUUUGGCUCCAAUGUCAAUGUAAGUCCCUGGAAGCUGCUGGAGAGCAACAAGCUUCUGUGCUUGGCAUUUCAUUUUUCAUUCUGUGAUAACUCCCUUUCCUUUUCUAAGAAUGCUGACAGCAAAACCCAGAUGUAGAAAUGUGAUAGCAACAAGACAACAAUGUCCAGAUUUGUGUGCUCCUUAUUUUUAGAAAACUCUGUAAAUUUUUGGCUGUAGUGGAGAUUAUGUUCAUCAAAACAUUUGGUUACCAAGCUGAAACUCAGCAGGGUGGACAGAGCCUAAAGCAUGAAGACCCAGGACUGAGGUUAGAAGCUGACUCAAUUAUAAGGUUAAGUUAUAAAUCUGACUGUGUUUGGGCCACCAAGAUUCAGAUAAAUCACACUAAUAAAUGAAAAACAAACAAAAAUACUAAUAAAACUGUAACUAUUUCUUGGUGUGUGAAAUUUUCUGCUUACUGUAGCAGUUAUUCUUAUGUCCUAAAUCUUACGGGAUGUAGAAGAUGGCAGGGAAGUGUAAAACUCUAGGCUGUCAACAAUACCCAGGUUUUCCCUUGUGCCUCGAAUAUUGUUGUCUAAGUCACACCGAUGGUUGCACUGAUUUGCUGGAAACAAAUUUGACGAGAGAAGCUAAAAUUAACAACUGGGUUUCUCUUUCAUCAGCCAUGUUAAUAACUGAUAUGAAUGGAGUUCUGUCAAGUCAUAAAAGUAAGAAAAUAGAGCCUUGAAAUCGCUGGCAAGAAGAGGAGCCAUGGAGUGACAGUACCUGAAAGGAAGGAUUGCCCUGUAUCCCAGCCUGCCACUUCCCUCCUGAGCCACCAGAUCAGUGUAUUUACCACACAUCACUCUCCUUGAAGCUGAAACCUGGAUAUUCUCACAUUGACAGCUGGAGAUCACUACAAGAAAGACACAAAAAAUGUUAAAGAAAUAGCCCACUCAUCUUUUGAGAGGUUAAAUCCUGGAUAUAACAGUGUGCAUUCUUCAGCAUUAGCAGUUUUGAGUGUAAAACGGGAGCCAACACUGUGGCUGGCAGCCGGACAGCGCAGCGAAGGGACCUUUGCUGGGCGAAGGCAGCAGAACCGCACCAUGAAGUCACCAGUGCAGGGAGUGAGAAAUUCAUUCCCUGUGCUCCACGUUUUGCCAGUCUUUCUGCAUUACCCAUGGCAGGUGCCAUUUAGCCUCUCAGUGCCUCAUCUCCUCCAUCUGGAAAGUGGGGAGCAAUAACAUUCACCUACCUCAUGAGGUGCCAAGGGGGUUUAACUUGUUUAACUAGCACGUGUGCGGGGCACGGUUAUGAUUUCUGAGCAGGUCACCCAGUGGGAAUCCAAAGGUUUUUGUCUUAGUCAUCACUGAGUUCUUCAAAUGUGUCCUCUGAAUCAGUCCAGCUGGAAGAAAGCGGGCAUCUUCCCUGCCUCAUAAUGAUACAAAGCCAGAUAAAUCCCCCCACAUUAUAAUUGUGUUAAACCAGAGAUAAAGGUAGCCCAACAGCCAAAAAGUGAGCACUGUCAAUGAAUAAUGACUCCUAGCAUACAAAAAUAAGAAGUCCUAUUGAUUUACUUUGCCAUUUGUUUUUAUUACAUCUUGUGUUCUCUUAGAAGUUAUGUGGCAACAAAGACAGUCCUUUAGAUCCUAUUAUCUUUGUACUAGCCCUGCAUGCAGUUUAAAUGCUAGCUAAUGGACAUCUUAAUAAAGUGACAGAGAUUGAUGUCUGUUUCUACCAGACACAAUUAUACAGCCUAUAAAACCAUCAAGGAGGUUAUUUUUCCAUUAAAGGAAAAAAAAAAAAAUCUCUGUCUUAGGCACCACUUACACUUAUUAUUCAUUAAAACAAUAGAUGAAAAGUAUAGAUGCAAAUAAAACCAAGACAUCUCCUUCAGGCAGUGUAUGAAUUGUAUUUUUCUGCUUAUUAAGAGGAUAGUGGUUAGGCGUGAAACUAGAACAAAUAUUUAAAAUGUGGUAUUGAGAAUAUAUUUUACCUUUCAUCUCCUCUGGAUUACAAGAGAUUCCAUGAGUACUAUCUAACUUCUAGUUGCAAGAUCCAGCCAGUGUUUUGAGAAAUAACACCUGAAGCUGGGCUCUGAAUACCGUUUGAUGGAUGCAACCCAGUUCUGUGAAGCAUUGAGCAUCUGGACAUUAACCUACUGAAGGACAGGAUUUUCGGGAGUGCACAAGGGAUUUGGGCAAAUGAAGGCCAUUGAUGAAUAUGCCUUCUCAGAAUAGCCUGGUCCAAUUUCAAAGGGAGAAGAUGUUGGUCCUAUUCAUUCUGCAUCUGACUCCAUUGUACUUUUACUUACUUCUAAUCAAAUCAUGUCUUUGAAAGAAAGUAACUCUAUAUAUAGAUAUAUACUUAUAACUAUAAUGUAUAUGCAAGUAGCAUAUGACAAAGGAGGACACCGGGAUGUGUACCUAUGUGAAAUAGUGUACAUAUAUGAAAUUGUAUUAUAUUGUAUGUAAAUUACCAUUUCUUAUGCCUAGAAAACUCACUAUGUUGAAUUGAAAAAAGGCACUUAUUGCCAGACAAGGGCCAAGAAAUGGGAAAAAAAUUAUGGGUUCUCUCACAUUUUCCUUCUGAAAAGGGAAGUGUUGAGAAAUCUGCAAGGAAGGCUGAUGCUAAAGUGGUUGUACAAUGGGUACAAUCCACUGUGCUGAUCACUGUAAUCAAACCUGGUAAUAAAAUAACAAGAUAAGGAGGGGAAAGAUUCCAUUUCAUGGUGUGAACUUUAAAAUGUUAAAUCUGUUUGGAGAUCUGUUACCUAUGAGCUAAUGCCCAGAGGUAAAGGAUUUGAAUAAUCACCUAAUUUGUAAUUGAUUUUAAAUAAAAAGCAUCUCAGGGUGGAAGAAA